CCUCUCGGCCUCGCCCAACAGCCUGCAGGAGGCGCGAGCUUCUGGGCUCGGCCUCGUGCUUGGUCGAGGCGCCUCACGUGGUCCCUUCCCCUUGGCGGCUCGCGGAGGAGCUGGGCGAGAGAUGUGGCCGCGGAACAGACGGUUGGCGAGGGGGCUGGUUGAGGUCUCCGCGAGGGAUUCUUUUGGGCUCCCUCAGAGUCUCAGCAGAUCAUGUGGGACUAUCCAACAUUUCACUGCUUCAGAGAAGAGAGGCUGCAGCAACAAUGCAGACGAGGAUGAAGAUGAUGAUCGAGCAACUUUAGCAGAAACUUCGCUCUUAAACAAGUUGAUAAGAAAAUCCCUUGUGGACUGCAGCAACAACGUAGAAGUUCUUCAACGAGAUCCCAGGUCACCCCUGUUUUCUGUAAAAACAUUUGAAGAACUGCAUCUAAAAGAUGAGCUGUUACAAGGAAUUUACAGCAUGGGUUUUAACAGACCAUCCAAAAUACAAGAGACUGCUCUUCCAAUGAUGCUAGCUGACCCACCGCAAAAUCUUAUUGCUCAGAGCCAGUCGGGGACUGGUAAAACAGCUGCUUUUGCCUUGGCUAUGUUGAGCAGAGUAAAUCCAGCAGAAAGAUUUCCACAGUGCUUCUGCUUAAGUCCUACCUUUGAACUGGCUGUGCAAACGGGGCAGGUAAUUGAGAAGAUGGGAAAGUUCUGUGUACAUAUUGGUGUUAUCUAUGCUGUCCGAGGAAACAGACUUCCAAGAGGAACCAUCAUUGAACAACAAAUAGUAAUCGGAACCCCGGGGACCCUGAUUGAUUGGUGUUUCAAGCUAAAACUUGUGGAUGUGAAGAAAAUUCGAGUUUUUGUCCUGGAUGAAGGUGAUGUCAUGAUUAAUAAACAGAAUUUCUUGGACCAGAGUGUCCGGAUUCAGCGGGUAUUGUCGCCUGAUUGUCAGAUGCUUCUGUUCUCAGCAACAUUUGACGAUCCUGUGCUGCUCUUUGCACAGCGCAUUGUGCCAGAUCCCAAUGUUAUUAAGCUCCGUAGAGAAGAGCUGACUCUUGACAAUAUCAGGCAGUACUACUUUCUGUGUGAGAACAACGAAGAUAAGUACAAAGCUCUGUGCAAUAUCUAUGGCAGUAUCACUGUUGGCCAGGCUAUGAUCUUUUGCCAGACCCGUAGGAACGCUAAAUGGCUAGCUAUGCAGCUAUCAAAUGAUGGGCACCAGGUAUCCCUCUUAAGCGGGGAGCUUACUGUUGAGCAGCGGGCAGAUAUCAUUCAGCGAUUUCGUGAGGGGAAACAUAAAGUCCUUAUCACAACCAAUGUCUGUGCCAGAGGCAUUGAUGUGACACAAGUCACAAUAGUGGUCAACUUCACCCUGCCCACAAACUUUGACAACUUUGCUGAUUUUGACACCUACCUUCACCGUAUAGGUCGCGCAGGCCGCUUUGGGAAGAAAGGUGUGGCCUUCAACAUGGUCGAAAGGCAUAAGUUACCACUACUGUAUGCGAUUGAGGAGCACUUCAAAAUCACCAUUAAGCACCUUGAUCCAGAAGACAUGGACAUGCUAGAAAAAAUAGAAGACUGAAUUAUUUAAAAUGUUGAAUAAUCUGCAAAAAAAAAGUUUGUCAAAAUUGGAAAAUAAAUUGCUCUAAGCUUGCUGUUAAGUAAUAAA